AUGGAUGGGAGCCUGUUUGUGCUGCUUCUGCUGUCAGGGCUCUUCUGGAGCAGUUCUGGUCUUUUUCGUCCAUACCACUAUAUAAAUGUGAGAAUGUCGUGGCCAGAGGCUCAGAGUUACUGCAGAUCAAAGUACACUGAUCUGGCUACUGCAGACAGCAUGGAUGAUGUGAACAGGCUGGUAAAUAUUGUGGAUGCUGGAUACAGUGGAUCAGUGUGGAUUGGACUGAAGAUGGGGACACAGAAACGCUGGGUUUGGUCUAAUGGAGAUGGUACAGUCACACAGUACAGUCCCUGGAGUGCUGGACAUCCGAUCAGUCAAAACGAAUGUGGCUAUUUUAACUUUGGAGUUUGGUAUAGUUGUCCAUGCACAUCAAAGUUAUUUUCUGUGUGCUACAAUGAAGGUGGGUACAUCUGGGUAAAAGGUUGGAAGAACUGGACUGAAGCUCAAGACUACUGCAGACAGAAUUACAUAGAUCUCCCCAGCAUCCACAACUCUGAAGAACAAUACCAGCUCAAUAGUACUGUUCCAUCAGAAUCAUGGGUAUGGAUUGGUCUUUUCCAGGACUCUUGGGAAUGGUCUGAUAAAUGGAGUCACUCCUUCAGACACUGGGCAGCAGAUCAACCAUCCCAGAGUUCAGGAUCUGGUGACUGUGUUGGCAUGUCAAGAGCCAAUUCUGGGAAAUGGGCUCAAUACAGCUGUGAUCUAAAGCAGCCUUUUAUCUGCUAUGGUGUGCAUUACAUCUUUGAUUUUUCUAAUAAUCUUUGUCCUUCUGUCAAAGUGGCCAAGUUUCAAUCUCAAGAGUACCACUACAUGAAUGAAAGCAUGACCUGGCAAGAAGCUCAGAGUUACUGCAAAGCGAGAUUCAUUGAUCUGGCCACUGCUGACAGCAUGAAUGAUGUGAACAGGCUGGUAAAUACAGUGGAUCCUGGAUACAGUGGUUCAGUAUGGAUAGGUCUCCAUGCUGAGACAGAGUAUCGCUGGGUCUGGUCUAUGGGGGACAGUGUGAUCUCCCGGGACAGUAUGUGGCAUCCAGGAGAACCAAAUGGUGAUGGGGAGUGUGUGAGGAGUUUUAAUGGAAGCUGGUAUGAUGAGAGCUGCAGCGCUAUUCUCCCAUUUGUGUGUUUCAAUGACAGCACUGGUUUCAUGAUAACAAAGACUGCAGUGACAUGGCGAGAUGCUCAGAGUUAUUGCAGACAACACCACACUGAUUUGGCGAGUAUCAGUAGCCCAGAGCAGCAGAAUCUGCUCAGUGAUAAAUCAUCGCUCUGGAUUGGUCUGUUUCUGGACUCUUGGGAAUGGUCCGAUCAGAAGAGUCUCAGUUUUAGACAUUGGGAAGCAGAUCAACCAUCCCAGAGUUCAGGAUCUGGUGAUUGUGUUGCGAUGUCAAGAAAAAAAUCUGGAAAAUGGGCUCAAUACAGCUGUGAUCUACAGCAGCCUUUUAUUUGCUAUGGAGAUGACAAGUUGAUUAGAAAACAGAUAACCAAACUGAAAUUUUCCUGCACUGGAAAAUGCACAUUGAGCGAUCCUUCACUACAGAUGGCCAUUCUGAAUGAGUUAAGUGAAAAGCUGAAGAGCAUGGGACUGGAAAGUGACAGCAAAUUAAGCUGGAGAAAAAAGAACGGUGGAGAGGUGUUUCAUCGUGAGAACAAAUCCACAUCCAGUUCAACUGAUUGAAAUUUUAGUAACAUUUAGCAGAAUCCAAAACAGUAGAACAUGUUUAUUUUAUUUUUU